AUGGAGAAAAAUAUUUUACUAUUGAUACAUCUCUUUCUAGUCCAAUAUUUCUCAUUUUCUUUAUCCGCUACUUCCUCAAAUGAAACAGACCUACAAGCUCUACUAGCUUUCCAAAAUUUUAUUACAAGUCCUAGUCAUUUUCUGGCCAGGAACUGGACCAAGAAUACUUCUUUUUGCUCUUGGUUUGGUGUCACUUGCAGUACAAAAAGGCAAAGAGUUGUGGCCUUGGCUCUUCCUAAUUUGCAACUUCAAGGCACAAUUUCCCCGUCUUUGGCCAAUUUGUCCUUUCUCAGAGAGCUCAAUCUGGAGAACAACUUCUUCCAUGGCGGCAUCCCUUAUGGCAUUGGCCACUUGCCUCGCUUGCGAGUGAUUGAUAUUCAGAACAAUCAGCUAGAAGGAAGUAUUCCGACAACUCUAUUUCAACACCAAAGAGUUCAAAAGAUUUCAUUGGCUUACAAUAAACUCAGUGGUGAAAUGUGGAAAGGGCCAUGGUAUGUACCGGAACUCAGAAUCUUAAAUCUCAGGAACAAUAGCCUCAUGGGUAUAAUCCCUCCUUCCGUUGGAAAUGCCACAAAAUUGCUGAAUUUUGAUUUGUCUAGGAAUAGAGUCAGCGGCAGCGUUCCAAAGGCGAUCGGUAAUCUGAGCCAACUUACAAAGUUGUGCUUGUACGAUAAUCAAUUAACAGGUUCUAUUCCUGCAACACUGUUUAAUAUUUCGUCGCUUCUUGUCGCAAGUCUUGCAAACAAUAGCCUUUCUGGUCCUCUCUUGCUUGAUGAAGGGAAUUUUGUGUCAAAUCUAGAGUUAUUAAGUAUAUCUUUCAAUCAAAUUUCUGGUCAAAUUCCUUCCAACAUAUGCCAACUCACAGAGCUCAAUGCUCUGUCCAUAUCUUUCAACAAUAUAACUGGAGAAAUACCCAAAAAUAUUGGUUGUUUAUCCAAGCUCGAAGAGUUCUAUAUUGGUGAUAAUCCAAUAAAAGGGACUAUUCCCACUUCAUUGGGCAAUAUUUCCACUCUGAUAAAUCUUUAUUGUGGAAGCAAUUGUUUUAGUUUCAACAACCUCUCGGGGAGAAUUGCAGCCACUACAGGUCUUCAUCUUUCGAACCUUAGGGAACUUAUUUUGGGGGCAAAUCAGUUCGAAGGGGAAAUUCCUCGGUACAUCACAAAUGCUUCCAAGCUUGAGAGACUGGAUCUAGCAGGGAACUUUCUCACAGGAACUAUUCCUACUAAUCUGGGAAAUCUUCGUGAGCUGCAAAGUUUGUUCCUACAUACCAAUCAACUUACCAAUGAACCAAGAGAGCAUGAGUUGCGAUUCUUCUAUUCUUUGGCGAACUGUAGGAUGUUGCGAUAUCUACAAGUGGGUUCCAAUCCGUUGAAUGGUGUUUUGCCCAAUUCAAUUGGGAAUCUUUCAUCUACUAUUGAAUUCUUUGAAAUAGAAGAUGCGCACAUCAAUGGCCUCAUUCCCACAAGUAUAGGCAAUAUGAGCGGUCUUAUAUCCCUAUCCUUUCAAAGAAACAACUUGGUGGGAAGUAUUCCUUCUGAUGUUGGUAAGCUUAAACAACUCCAAGGGUUGUUUCUAACUAACAAUAAAUUGCAGGGACAUAUUCCAGAGGCGGUAUGCCAUUUAUCUAAUUUGGUUCUAUUAUCACUGGAUGAUAAUGAGCUCUCUGGAUUAAUUCCAACAUGUAUAGGAAAUCUUAGCAUGCUACAACAGCUCUAUUUGGGUUCUAAUAAAUUUUCAUCAAACUUUCCCUUGAGCCUUUGGAAAAUGAGAGGUCUUCUCUUUCUAAACGUGUUGCAAAAUUCUAUAGAAGGAGAAGUUCCAUCAGAUAUUGGAGAAUUGAAAGCCAUUGUAGAUUUAGAUCUCUCUAUUAAUCACUUUUCAGGAAUGAUACCAAGCAGAUUAGGGGAACUCCAAAACACAAGUGGUAUUCCUAGGACAUUGGAAAAACUCUUGUACCUUAAAACCAUUAAUGUCUCAUUUAAUGAUUUCAAAGGUGAAAUACCCGGUGGUGGUGUGUUUGCAAAUUCCACUCCACAAUCUUUCCUAGGGAAUAGAGGUCUAUGUGGAAUGCACAUAUUGGAGGUUCCUGCUUGUGCAAUCACUAACCAUGAACAACGAUCAAAGUCUAAGGAGUUUGUGCUAAAAGUUGUUACUCCAGUGAAGAAUGGUAAGUCCAAAGAUGUUGAAAAGAUUCUGAAGAUGAAGACUUAUCAAUUCAUUUCUUAUCAUGAGAUUCAACGAGCAACAAAUAAUUUUGAUGGAUCAAAUUUAAUUGGUGUGGGAAGCUCUGCCUCUGUGUACAAAGGCACGUUAUCUAGUGAAAAUGUGGUGGCCGUAAAAGUUCUGGAUUUGGAAAAUGAGGAAGUAUGCAAGAGGUUUGAUACUGAAUGUGAAGUGAUGAGAAAUGUUAGGCAUAGAAAUCUUGUACCGGUGAUUACUACUUGUUCUAGUGAAUAUAUAAGAGCCUUUGUUCUGCGGUAUAUGCCCAAUGGAAGUCUUGAUAAUUGGUUGUACAAAAAAGAUCACCACUUGAACCUUCUUCAAAGAUUCACCAUAAUGCUUGAUGUAGCUAUGGCGAUUGAAUAUCUACACCAUGGUCAUGACACUCCGAUAGUUCAUUGCGACCUAAAGCCAACAAACGUUCUUUUAGAUGAAGAAAUGGUGGCACAUGUUGGUGAUUUUGGCAUCUCUAAAAUAUUAGCUAUAAGCAAGUCCAUGGCAUAUACGGAGACAUUAGGCACUCUCGGUUACAUUGCACCAGAAUAUGGCUCGGAGGGAAUAGUGUCCACUUGUGGUGAUGUUUACAGCUAUGGCAUCAUGAUGAUAGAGGUAUUGGCAAAAAGAAGACCAACUGAUGAUGAGAUAUUCAAUGGAAAUCUUGGCUUGAGGCAGUGGAUAAGACAAGCAUUUCCCAAGACAAUUAUGGAAGUUGUAGAUGCCAAUCUUUUCAAUGAGGAAGAACAGAUCACUCCCAAAAGUGAAAUCUGCAUAGCCUCCAUGAUAGAAUUGGCUUUGGAUUGCACAAAGGAUAAGCCAGAGUCAAGAAUAACCAUGAAAGAUGUAGUCAAGAGGCUUAACAAAAUCAAGAACACAUUUUUGGAAACAUAG